AUGACCGCAUUUUUCGCACCGGCUAGGCUGAGACGUUCUUUCGACGACAAUCAUAACACUCACACUGAUGAUACUGACUUCUUUGUUGGUGGCGAAGAGGGUGGUCUGGAAUUGCAGCAUGAGUAUCUGCGCUCGUUGAUUGCUGGAGAUCGGAAACAAGCGGGGUUUAGCAUUGGGCGUAAGCAGGCUGCUGUCUUGUCGAGGGUGUUUUGUGUUGGGUCGCCGGAACUUGGGACGACUACUGGAGGCGUGGGUGUAAGGAGAGGUGCUGGCUAUAGCUCCUUGAUGGCGGAGAAGGGGCUAGGUAUGGCUGUGGUUGAGGAGAGCGAGGAGGACGUGGCGACCACUACCGAGACUACCGCGCCCUCGAGCCCGCCGGAUCUGGCUUUCUCCAAAAGCUCGAAGAGUUCCUAUGAAUCAUCCACGAGCGAUGUGUCGAGUGAGAAUGAUGUGUCCACCGAUAAGCUGGGGCAUUUUGAUGAGGUCGGAUUGGAGGAUCAGGAGGAGAGGGAACGGAGUAGUUUGGAGGAGUGUAAUGUGAAGCCUGAAAGUCGACCGACGUUGAGACGACCUACGAAGAGGACUGCGACUGGUGGGAGUGAGCCGGUGAGGCAAGAGGCACAAAGGCCGGAGAAGAGGUAUCCUAGCUUGAAGGGUGCUGUCACCGGUGUGCUGCAGGAUCAUUCACUUGGUCUGCCGCAAGGACGUGGUAUGCGACGAGGAUUCACUAGCCCAUCGUCGCCGUCAUUCAUGAAAGGGCCACAGAGGAUACCGUCCAGGUCACCGUCGCCUGUCGUUCCUAUCAAUAGAAAUGGCAGCUCUCCACAACUAUUGUCAAGCACCACUGGUCGAUCUUCCUGGAGUGCGCCGUCACCAAAUCCAAAUGGAUCAUUCGUGCGUAGAAUGUCAUGGCAGCCGGGCAAGAAGACAGCGAAGCAAUUGGAAGACGAGUACGAUGAUGGUGACGACGAGCUUCCCGAUGAGGCGAUACUGGAGAACAUCCCGAUCGUGGGCAUGCUACAACCGUUACCACACCGCUCACCACGCAUGAAGACACCGAGUCCGCAACGAAAACCCUCACAUCCCGAGCUACAUCGGCUGCACUCUGCAAAUGUGCCAAAGCAUGCGCGGCGACCAGCCGCACCAACAAUCAUGCCGAAUGGACAGUACGGUGCUCCGCGAUCACCUCGCCACGGUCGACCACCAAUGAUGCCACAGAGUGCGACAGUAACAUCUUUCCCACCGGAGCCUCUCAGCCAAAAGAACCGCUCACGAUCUUGGGCCGAGCAUCUCAAUAAUGAAGCGCGCGAAUUAUCUGCAGCCUUGGAAGAGUAUACAGAGCAUCUAUCGACAGAUCGCCGGCACUCCGCCACUAGCAGCACUAUAAGAACACCCGAGACUGCAGGCUCCUCCUCCGCCCGACCUAGCCUAAGCAAAACCCGAACAAAAACAAGCACAGUCGAACUACCACCUCUCCAAAAAAGCAACGUCGUCCUGGACCCUCUGCCAAUCAGCAAAGAGAAAGAAGCCGUCCUCACCCGAACUCGACCCUCCUGGCUUCCACCGAAGAACCAAAAAGAAGAGAAGAAGCAUGUCAAAGAAUGGGAGCAGAUGAUGUCUCGCUCGGCUGAGCAGGAGAAGAAGAAGGCCGCGAAGCUUGAGAAAGACGCCGAGACGAAAGAGGAGAAGGCGCUGGGUAGGGCGAGGAUAUGGGAGGAGCAUGUUUUGCCUGAUUGGGAUAGCGUGGUCAAGGAGCCCAAGACCCGCGAAUUGUGGUGGAAGGGUGUGAGUCCCGAGAGCCGAGCAGCGGUCUGGAGCAAAGCAGUGGGCAACGAGCUCCAGCUCUCCGCUGCGAGCUAUGAAGCCGCGCUUGGCAGGGCGAAGGAACUGGAGACACGGAUCGCGGAGAUGUCGGCGGAGGAACGCUCACGUACGCCUGAGGCGGCAUGGUUCGCGGCUAUUGAUCGUGAUGUCCCUACCGCUUUCCCGGAUCUGGAGAUUUUCUCGGAUGAAGAGAGUGCGGUGCCCGCGGCGCUGAGGGGUGUCUUGAUGGCUUACGCCAUGUACCGUCGCGACGUCGGGUACGUCUAUGGCACGCACUGUAUCGCUGCGGUGCUGUGUCUGCAUAUGCGAGCCCCGGAGGCUUUCGUGGUACUUGCUAAUCUGCUCAAUCGACCACUGCCGCUGGGAUUCCUGGUCGGGGAUAAGAGUGCCAUGGGUGCGGUUUAUGAGGCCGUGCUGCAGAGAUUGGAGGCGAAGUUUCCGAGGCUGUAUCAGCAUCUUAGUGCGCAGGAGAUCAAUCUUAAGGUUGAGGAGAUUCUGGAGCCAAUGCUCCGGCCGCUGUUUGCCAGAGGUCUGCCGGCGGGACAUGUGGCAAGGGUUUGGGAUGUUUUUGUUCUUGAGGAGGAUGGUGCAGUUGUGAGGGCUGCCGUCGCUGUGUUGGGGCGGUUGGAGAGUAGGCUUUAUGGGACGAGGAGGGAGGUUUUAGGUUUGCUUGGGUGGGGGUUUGAAGGGGUUUGGGAUGUUGGGAGUGAAGAGGAGUUUAUGGUUGCUGUUAGGGAUGCGGGCAAGAUUGAUGUGGUGGCGAGGAGUGCUUGA